CUGCCCACUGUGCUUGUCACAAACUUUUCCAGCUAGACGUCUUCCUCGACCGACGAGAGGAUCCGGCCUGCGUGUCACCACUCCACCUGUCGAAUUUUUUUUCUCGGCUUUUUCCAGCAUCAUGUGCCGCCCAAUGCUGCGUCCGUCUGUGCAACGGGGAAGAAUCAGAGUCGGACACGACGAGGGAGCUGGCGUCUUGGUGGCUUUCAAGGCCUACGAAUGCUGCCCGCCCUGACAGCGGCCCAGCAACGUAAGCAUGGCCUUAGCCUGCGGGAGAUACUCUCGCGGCUCGACCGCUCGAAAAGCAAAAGGCAAAGCAAAGCAAGCCACAGGCCCGAUCUCUGUCCGGAUAAGGUAGUCUUCCCAGAUCCAGGGCAAGCACAGCUCGCGCGGCCGCACCUGGGCUGUCCGACGUUCUCCUGAGUCUUCACACAUCCAGCCCGCCCACCCCUGAUCCUUUUUCCCGCUCAGAGUGGGGUGGGAGAAACAAACAGACGUCGACUUUUAGAUGAAACACGCAAGCCGCAACUGCAGCAGGCCUGCACUGACGGCGUCGACUUACGCAGGCACGCCAUCUGUAAUUUUAGCGCCAGCUGCAUCCUUAGCCUCCGUCCUCCUGGUGGCCUUGUUCGUACAUAAGGGCUUUCGUGGACUUGUGAGCUGCUUGCCCUUCCCUCUUCCCUUACUCUGUGCCAAACACGUGGAUUCGUGGAGCAGGUUUGCAAGUCACACUCUCUUUUUCGUCGUCGGUUAAGACAACAAUUCCAUUCCUUCACGCAAGAGCCCUCGCUCUAUCACGUUCACUCUUCACCCCUCGUUCGCUACAUUAGGACUACGCAGCAGCUCAUCCGUCCAGCCGUCCUUCACGCACGUUUGUAUACAUUGUCAGAGACAAUCGGUUCUGCUAGUCAGGACAAUACGAACAAUCACCCCCUACACCUUGUCAUACCAGAAUCACACUCACCUUCCAACUGCUCCAUUUUUUCUAGAUCCUAGCCUAUCAAAGGGUACCCACUCAUUCCUUCCGUAAAUCAAAGAAACGCCCAAGGAAAGGAUCAUCAACUGUCAGCAAACAUGUCUGGUCAGAUCGUCAAGCUUGGACUCUUGUCUCUUAUCUCAUCGGCUCUGGCAGCCCCAAUCGCUUCUCCAGAGGGGCACGUCCGCAGGCAUGGCAGAUGCUUUAUUCCAACUAGCGCCGCCUGGACAAACGCGGAGGCCGCAGCAGAGGUCACCAGCACGUCCUCGCCCAUGACGAGCACGUCUACUGUCUGGGUGCAACCGACGGAGGCUGCCACCACGGCGGCUGCCACGUCUACAGCUGCUGCUGCCGAGGCCAAGAUUCCCUCACAGGCUUCCACUUACACCGCUGCCGCUCAGGCCCAGACUUGGACAACAAGCUCCUCCGCGACUCCUGCGGCCACAUCCUCUGCCGCCUCAGGAUCGUACGGCUCAAGCGGUGCUAAGGGUGGUGUUGCCUACACGUCGGCCAGCAACGUUUCUCCUUUCGUUGGCCAGGCCAACAUUGGCUGGUGCUACAACUGGAACUCCAGCCCAGGCGACAUUCCUAGCGGCAUCGAAUACUUCCCGCUUCUGUGGGGCACCCAGUCGACCUUCACGGAUUCCUGGGUCACAAACGCCAAUGCUGCCAUUAGCAAGGGUGCCACCGCCGUUAUGGGCUUUAAUGAGCCCGACGAGUCUAGCCAGUCCAACCUUGACUACAACACUGCCGCCACGGCAUACAAGCAGUACAUAACUGAUAACUUCUCCGGCAAGGUCACGCUUGUCGCGCCAUCUGUUACCAACGGCGGUGCUCCAAUGGGCCUGACCUACCUCCAGAACUUCAUGGACGCAUGCUCUGACUGUGGCAUCCAGGCCAUCAACUUGCACUGGUACGACACCUCGUCCAACGUCGACUACUUCAAGAGCUACAUUCAGGGUGCGUACGAGCAGUUUAAGCUGCCGAUCUGGCUUACCGAAUUCGGCACCACCGAUGGCAACGACCAGGCAUUCCUGGAGCAAGUCCUUCCUUGGCUCAACUCGCAAACAUACGUCGAGCGAUACGCGUACUUCAUGGCUGAGGACGGUAAGCUGCUAUCUGGCACUAGCCUCAGCGCUGCUGGUGAAACUUAUGCCAGUGCAUGAGCGUGCCGACGAAGGGAGGAAGAGAGUGUUGCUCAUUUAAGUGCAUCGACUUUUUAUUCGCUGUAUAUAUUUUUUUUGUGUGGGUCAUAGAAUUGCGAUCUUUUCGCUUGUUGAGGAAAGCGUUCACGUUCUUCGUGCAUACUUGGGCGUCUCGUCGCUGUCGCCGUCAUGUGUGACUCACUCUGUUUUGGGACUUAGCGAGAGCAAAAAUGAAGAUAACGACCUUGUGAAUGCA